AUGUCGGAGCAAACAAUCGCUCGCUGGAACGCCAUUGCCCUUGAACGUCCAGCCGAGCCCAGCAGUCUGAAGCGUGGAAGGCCGGAUGAUGACGAAGAUAGUGACGACGAUGUAUCUUUGGUCUCACGAUCCCCUUCCCCUGUGCUCAACGAUUCAAUGGACGUGGAUGAAGUUAUCCACAAGUAUGAUCAAUAUGUCCGACGUCCAACGCCAGAAGUCAUAACUGUAGACACCAAGAUAAAGCCCACAAACAAGGGUUUCGCCUUGUUGUCGAAGCUCGGAUGGGUGGAGGGUCAACCUGUAGGCCUUUCUCCUGAUGGACGAACGGAACCUGUCCCAUUUCAUAUCAAAGCAGACUUGACUGGACUCGGCAAGACGGACCAAGAUUUUGAGAUGAUAGAAACAACUGUUUCUCAAAGACGAGGCUUAGACUCGGAACGGCAACAGAAAGAAACUGAGGAACAGCGCAGACAUCGGGAGGACGCCGUCGCACGUACAAACGCUCUUAAAUCAGAAAUUUCAUCCACUCUGCGCGCGUUCUACUGUGAACUCUGUGACAAGCAAUUCAAGACUGUUGCCCAAUACGAUGAACACACCAAUUCAUAUGCCCAUCAUCACAAAGUCCGGUUCCAGGACAUGCAAGCCAAUGCCCGCCUGAAGUCCAAGGAAGACGUCGACAAGAGGAAGGAAAAGGAGCGAAAGCGAGAGGAGAAAGAACUUCGCAAAAUUGCAGCUGCCAAUGGAAUUAAGAUGCCCAAACCGUCAACCGUUUCGAGUCUGGCCACCCCGUUAGCUCCUACUCCGGAUGUCGCCCCUGCAUCUACCAGCAUGGAUAUCGAUGGGACACCCAUAGAGCCGAAGAAAGGAUGGACCUCUAUCUCAAGUGCGGAAGGCAGUAGUGGUUCAUCAUCCGGUGGUUUCAAGAAGUCCGGUUGGGCUACUGUUGGUUCGGCUUCCUCCUCGGCAGCUCUCGCACCUCCGGUCAACUCGAAUGCCGUAACUCAUACCGGACCACAUGGUCAUUCUGUUCCUUCCGCCUCUUCUAGUCCGUCCUCGACUGCCUACCACGGUGGACACUCAAGCCAUACUCCCACUUUCCGCAAUGCCGGCUGGACAUUUCUGGAUACUGGAAGCUCAGAGCUCCCUCCUGCCGCAGGAACUGCAUCAAUAGGCGUCAACGAUUCCCAUAAUUCGUCAUCGGUAUCUUCGCCUCAAGGCGGCUGGGCCCGUACAUCCACCUCAUCUGCCGGUGUGGAACCGUCUUCUGACUCUUCGCGGAAGUGGAGCACGUUUGCAACGGCAGCCGACCCUCUUCCAUUUGCACCUUCCGAACCAACACCACAACCGCCUCCGCCUGUACCACCACCUUCUCUACUGCCAGCUGCGAAACCUGAAGCAAAACCUUGA